AUGAUGAGCCUGCAGAGUCUCCCGGCGGAGGUUACCCUCCAAAUAUUCCAAUUGUUGGAUAACAUCGACGAUGCGCUCCGUCUGGGACGGUCCUGUCGUCAGCUGUAUCGUAUCCUAGACCGUCCAGGCCACCGGCACAUGAUCAUGAAGUCCAUCAUUCAACGGUCAGAGUAUCACAAAUACGACCUCCAGCUUUCCCAUCUGACGCAGUUCCACGCGGAAUGCGCAAAAAUCUACGCGACACAACCGCGGCUGCCAAUGUCCCGCCGACCGGACACGGACAUGGUCAAGUCGUUUCAUGAACCGUCCAAAGAACUCCUCGCGUCACCGCUGGCUGUGGCAGAAAUCGUCACCAGGUGGCAUGCGAUGAAGGCCUUGUUUGAUCUCUACUGCAAAAAGUCAGUUCGCUCGUCGUAUAUGGCGAACUGGGAGACAUCAUGGAACUGCUUUACAGAAACGGACGGUGAAAAUGAAACCGCCGGACCAUCUACUCAGAGUAUUUGCGAUUCCUUUGCGCAACUCCCGCUGCAAGAAAAGCAGCGGGCCUACGAGCGGUUCUACCGUGCUCUCACGGCCCAUUGGGUCGCCGUGGAGUUGACCUGGGUGAUCAGGGUCUCCAAGCACAAAACGGAGAGGGAUUUCAAACGCUGGGAAAGGACAGUCUACAAUCGAUGGUCGAACAACCCACAACGUUCCCUGGAGGAGAAGCUGGACAUCUUUGAGAUCCUGGACUUCGUCUGGUUCUUCCUGGUGAGCAAGAUAUUUGACCACUCGGGAACCGUUGCCGACUGGAUCGAGGUGGCACUGGAGUCUGCUACGCCUCGUGACCUUUCUCCCCUCGAUCUAUACCUUUCGCAUAUUGAGGGCUCAGGACAUCCCGCCCAAUUGGGGACAGACCAUCCCGAUGUGCUCGCCGAUGACUACACAGGUUGGUUCAUAGACGAUCUGACAUCCAUCAUCCGUCCACCUCAUGUGAUCGAACUUCUGCUCCGAUUAGCCUGGGAUCCGAAGUCUCAGUCUGACUUUGACCGACCGGAAUAUGUGCGCAAGCUGGGCCUCUUGGACCAGUCUUACCGGUGGGAACAAACAAAGGCAGACGGGUUUCGAACUUACGAUGUUGAGCUCUAUACCAUUGAUCUCCCGGAUACAGAUAUUCUGUUGAGCCUGUAUGAUAUGGCAUUCCGCGUCCAGGACGAAGAAUUGUGGGACCUAAUCACGAAGAAAUAUCGAUGGCCCGACAGUGAGAUUGAUGAGCAGGAGCUGAACAGUGAAUGCGCGGAACAAUGGGAAUGGGACAAGGAGAAUCUGUGGAAUACCGACAUGAGAGGGGAGAUUUUCUUCCGCCAAGAGACGCAAACCGAACUAUUUGAGCGCUUAAUCCAGCUUGAGGGGCUGUAUAUCAUGGGGGAAGGUCUGGUAUUCGAUCCAUUAGAUCCUGAGGGGCUGUAUCUCAUGGCCGAUUAG